GGCCGCGACCCCUCUGGCUUCCUGAACGAGAUCCUCCAUCGGCCCGUCACGGUCAAACUGAACUCGGGGGUGGUCUACAAAGGCGAACUGCAAUCCGUCGAUGGAUACAUGAACAUCGCCCUCGAGGGCGUGCAAGAAAUCGUCAAGGGCCGCCCGAGGAGGGAAUACGGCGAUGCUUUCGUGCGAGGAAAUAAUGGU